UCCAGCCACUGUUGACGUCUGUCACCACGCUGUUCUCUGGUCCAGUCAUGUAGUCAUUAUGGCUCUUUUUAUUCCCUCUGUAUCCACAUCCCGCCACUGUGUCUUUCCUCUCGGCUUCUCUGCGCUUUCCCUCUCACUUCUUCCGUUGUAGUUCAGGCGUCAUUUUUUUUUUUCUGUUGGAAACACUUUUGCGCUUUUCUUUUCACGCUUUUUAGGAGUUCCGUCCGUCCGUGCACUUCUCCAGCUUUACACAUCCCGCCCUCCCUCCACCUGGACCUAGAACUCCCCCCGGUGCAUUAUUUCCCUAUUCAAUCAGCCAGCUGUGCGGUGUUUUACCGUAAUUGUUUCCUGGCAGCGUUGGAGACCACCGGGGAAAAGGCUCUUAUGAGUGCUCCUCCGCUGAUCCGUGCGCCCAGCCCGCUCAUCUUCUCAGGGGGGACCAACAACACCGGCACCGGGGGAGGAGGUGGAGGAAAUGGAGGUGGAGGAAAUGGAGGAGGAGGAGGAGGGGAUGUGAUCUCCUUCCACAUCCAGAUCGGUCUGAGCCGCGAGCCGGUGCUUCUGGACGCCGCGGAGCUCAGCCUCAGCCAGGUGCGCGAGGUGGCGUGCUCCAUCGUGGACCAGAAGAUACCAGAGUGUGUUUUCUAUGGGAUGUACGAGAAGAUCCUGCUGUUUCGUCAUGACCAGACCUCUGAGAACGUGCUGCAGCUGCUCCGCUCCGCCUCUCAGAUCCAGGAGGGAGACCUGGUGGAGGCCGUGCUGUCAGCUUCAGCCACGGUGGAGGACUUCCAGAUCCGUCCUCACUGCCUGUUCGUUCACUCGUACCGAGCUCCAACCUUCUGUGAUCACUGUGGAGAGAUGCUGUGGGGACUCGUCCGACAGGGACUCAAGUGUGAAGGCUGCGGACUGAACUAUCACAAGCGUUGUGCCUUUAAAAUCCCAAAUAACUGCAGUGGAGUGAGGAGGAGGCGUCGCUCCUCCAAUGUUUCCCUGACAGGAGGGCUUAUAAACCUCGGACGCCACCUUUCUGCCGAGCCCUCACCCCCCCAUUACACCGAUGAGGCGUUACUGUCUCCAGUCAGUCCCAGCAUGGAGCAGAAAGCCCAGUUAGAUUACUUCCCAGGGAGAGAGCGUCGUGCCAGCUCUCAGUCGUACGUCGGACGUCCCAUCGAACUAGACAAGAUCUUACUGUCCAAAGUUAAAGUUCCUCACACUUUCCUGAUCCACUCGUACACCCGACCCACGAUCUGCCAGCACUGCAAGAAGCUGCUGAAAGGACUCUUCAGACAAGGCCUGCAGUGUAAAGAUUGUAAAUUCAACUGUCAUAAGCGAUGUGCUCCAAAAGUGCCGAACAACUGCCUGGGAGAGGUUUCAAGAAAUGAAGAUCUCUUGAGCCCGGGGGCGGAGUCAGACAUCGUGAUGGUGGAGGGAGGCCUCGAUGAUCACGAUGACGAAAGAGGAGGCGGUUUGAUGGACGAUAUUGAUGAUGCAAUGACAUCAGAGGGGGGGGGGCUUCUGGAGGCGGGGCCUAACGACCUCUGUGACCCCCACGACCCCGACCUCGACGAAUCAAACAGAGCCAUCAGCCCGUCCACCAGUAACAACAUCCCUCUGAUGAGAGUGGUUCAGUCCGUCAAGCACACAAAGAGGAAGACGAGCAAUGUGAUGAAGGAGGGAUGGAUGGUCCAUUACACCAGCAAGGACACUCUGAGGAAAAGACAUUACUGGCGUCUCGACAGCAAAUGCAUCACGCUGUUCCAGAACGACACAGGAAGUAAAUACUACAAGGAGAUCCCUCUCUCUGAGGUCUUAACUCUGGAGCCGGCUCAGGCCUUCUCUCUCCUCCCUGACGGAGCCAAUCUGCACUGCUUUGAGAUCACCACGGCAUCUCUGGUUUACUACGUCGGAGAAAACCUGCAGAGAGUCGAUUCCUCUGUGAGCAGCAGCAGCAUUAAGCUCAGCGGGCUGGGGCAGGAUGUGGCUCGGAUGUGGGAGAUGGCCAUCCAGCAUGCUUUGAUGCCUGCUGUUUCUAUGGGAAUUUCCCACAGCUCUCACCGCAGCGGACACAAGGAGAUCUCCAUCAGUAUUUCUGUCUCUAACUGCCAGAUCCAGGAGAAUGUGGAUAUCAACUCUGUGUACCAGAUCUUCCCUGAUGAGGUUCUUGGCUCAGGACAGUUUGGCAUCGUCUAUGGAGGGAAACACAGGAAGUCCGGUCGAGACGUCGCCAUCAAGAUUAUCGACAAACUCCGUUUCCCCACGAAACAGGAGAGCCAGCUGAGGAACGAGGUGGCCAUCCUGCAGAGUUUGCACCACCCCGGCGUGGUGAACCUGGACUGCAUGUUUGAGACUCCGGAGAGAGUGUUUGUCGUCAUGGAGAAGCUCCACGGAGACAUGCUGGAGAUGAUCCUGUCCAGUGAGAAGGGACGGCUGCCGGAGAGGAUCACCAAGUUCAUGGUCACUCAGAUCCUGGUGGCUUUGCGUCAUCUUCACUUCAAGAACAUCGUCCACUGUGAUCUGAAACCUGAAAACGUCCUUCUGGCUUCUGCAGAUGCAUUUCCACAGGUAAAGCUGUGUGAUUUUGGCUUUGCGAGGAUUAUCGGUGAAAAGUCGUUCAGGCGUUCGGUGGUCGGCACGCCGGCGUACCUCGCCCCGGAGGUCCUGAGGAACAAAGGAUACAACCGCUCUCUGGACAUGUGGUCGGUCGGAGUCAUCAUUUACGUCAGUCUCAGUGGGACGUUCCCUUUCAACGAAGAUGAAGAUAUCAACGAUCAGAUCCAGAACGCUGCCUUCAUGUACCCUCCUCACCCGUGGAAUAAAGUCUCCCAGGAAGCGAUUGACCUGAUUAACAACCUUCUGCAGGUGAAGAUGAGGAAGAGGUACAGUGUGGACAAGACCCUCAGUCACCCCUGGUUACAGGACUACCAGAUGUGGCUGGACGUGAGGAGUCUGGAGUCGCGGAUGAACGAGCGCUACGUGACCCACGAGAGUGACGACCUGCGCUGGCACCACCACGCCCAGCUGAGCGGCCUGGACUACCCCCCCCACCUGCUGAAUGGGCCCCGCAGUGAGGGCGCUCAGAAGCUGGAGCGGUACCAGGACCACCAGGAGGAAGAGCUGGAGACCCUGAGCGAGAGGGUCAGUGAACUCUGAGAGGGGGGAUCCCAUCUGAGAGAAGAAACAUCAACAAAACAACAACAAAACAACAAAAAAAGCACAACAUUAAAGAUCUCCUAUCAUGCUAUUAUUACGCAUUAUGGGUGAUGUUCAGGUGUAUAUCAGUA